CGUCCACCUGUCAGAGAUGCUCGCAGAGCUCUAGUUGCGCAGACAGUCCGGUUUUCUGGCCGCGCUGACCGCGUGUGUCGGCCAGUGGCCCGCUGGGGCUCAGUGGUGCCGCAGCGGCCGAGCCGUGCACACCGUUCGUCCGUCACUCGUCGGGUGUGGUAGCAGCGCCGCGCCGGCGACUCAGAGGACUUGUGACCGGCGGCUCCUAGCUCGGCCCGUCACUCUCUGCCCGUGUGUGUCAGUGUGUGUCCGUGCCGCAGGAGUGCGGCCGCACCAGUCUGAGUUCCGACUGUAUGUCGAGCGAGCUGGUGCGUGCAUCUUCAGACAGAACGGUGGCACCAGCUGCCAGUCGCUCGGUGGUCGCGUGACCAGACGGCCGCCACUAAGUCACAUGUCGGGGUAAACCAGUGUCCCGGAACUGCCUAUGUGUAUUGCACUCGCGCGAACAGCAGCGUGGCCGGCUGCCAACUGCGAUCCACAGCGCUAGCACCUGGUUCUGCCUGCGGUGGAGGCGUGGGUCGGCACAAUGCUGCGCUGCGUUCCGGCCCCGCCGGGUGCGACGCUCCGCCGCACUCGUUCACUGUGUCUGCUGACCGUUCUGGUUACGCUGGCCAUCACACAGGUGCUCCUCCGAAGGCAGCCGAAUGCCACGCUCAACAGUGCCCUCGGCAAAACCACGGGGCACCGCAGUCACAUGUUCUCGGAGCGACUAGCCCCCGAACAGCCUUUGCCGUUCUACGGGGCUGCGAGACACAUUUCGGACCAAAGGCGAGCUCCGGAGACGUCUCCCUCCAGCGGCCUGGGUAUUCCCGAGAGUGCGGUGGCCGCUGGGGAGCCAGCCACUCACGAUGGGCCAGCUCAGGUCAGGUCAGGUCACGCUCAGCCGGGGGGUGGCAGCGCCGGCCGUCCGACAGAGCGGCUGCUGCGCUGGGACCGAGCUGUGCCCGAGGCCAGCGAGGAGCAGCACCGACCGCUGCCGACCGAGUGGCUGUGGCGCCGCUACCGGGAGCAGCGGCGGCGAAGAGAGGUGCUCACCGCCGCCUGUCGCCGCUUCAACGUCACCCUGGCCGGCGGGGACGGGGACGGCUGCAGCCCGGACCUCGCAACACGCGGCGGAGACACGAAGUGUGGCCUGGUGGAGGAGAUCAAGGCCUCCCAUCUGAGCUCGGCACCCCGGCUGAAGGCGCUCGCGUGUCUGGUGAACAAGGUGGCCUCCACGUCUCUGCUCGGCACUCUGCUCAAACUCGAGGGGCGCGGCGUACCCGUGUACACGAACAGCCUGUCCAGCCCGCACGCUGACGCCGCGAUACUCAGACCAGAGCCGGGAGAGCUGGAGAUGGCCCGCCAAAAAUACAUAAAGGUGAUGUUCGUUCGCCACCCGAUGGACCGUCUCAUCUCCGCCUACGAGGACAAAGUGAUGCGAGCCAACCACACCAGCCUCCUGGCGCUCCGUGAAGCCAUCUUCGCGGCACAUCAGCAUCGAUUUAUUCUGAAGAAGGCUAUCACAAUGUACAGCAAUUAUCCAGACAAGAAGGACGAGCUUAGCAAGGCAUACUACGCAGAACUAGCAGACUACAAGAAAGAGACAGAGCGUCGGAACAACGUGCCGACCUUCCAGGAGUUUCUGGACUUUAUCCUGAGCGGCCAGCUCACUGGAGACUCAUUCGAUAGCCACUGGACGCCGUACUGGCGCCAGUGCGCCCCGUGCCACAUGAAUUAUGACGUCAUCGGAAAACUGGAGACCGGCACCGACGACUUCAAGUACCUGUGGCACCUGCUGGGAAUAUACAAGACGGUGGGAAUCCCGUGGCUGCACGGGGAGCGGCGGCCGGCCUCUGCGCUGGACGGACGACUGCGCGCCUACCUGGGCCCCCUGCGGCGCGACUCGGUGCAGCAGCUGCGCCGCCUCUUCCGGCCCGACUUCCACAUGUUCGGCUACGACUGGAGGGUCAUGCUGGACCUGUCCGGCCACUGUCAGCGCAGACAGCCGUGUGACCUCGAGUGACCGGCACUCUGCUACCUCUCUCUCCCCUGGAUAUGCUCCGUUUGGACUCAACAAAGAGCUUACACCUUGCCAAUGUAAUGAGCUUUGCUACACGAAUGUACGGAAGGGCGCGCUAGAGGUUUUAUUGAGAGGUAGCCGAUUCACCGCUGCCACACGAUGUAUGGUGGUGUACGAAAUCAAUUGAUAUCAAUCAAUAAGCGACGUGAUACUAAGCCAGUGAGAGCUUCUUGGGGUUGAGGUGCCAUUUCCAUGGGUCUUGCCAAUCAACAGGAAUUAAAAUGUGUGAUUCAGCGACUAUGUGGGCUGUGGACGAAAUGCGGUACGAAAUGAAUGUACUUACAUAUUUGUAUACCAUAUUGCGUGCCGGAGCGCUGCAUAGAGCAGUGCCUAACUUUAAGUGGGCUGGUUACUGGUAUGUGUCAAUAUAUGCCACACUUUUU